CCUAACAAAUAGGAGAGGGAGACAAGCAAUCAGCAACCGAAAUCCCAAGGAAGUGAAUAAUAAGGUUGCCCCAACUACUAUAAUUGACAUAUGACCGUUAGAUAAGCUACCGUCCAUACCAAAGCCUGUCUCAGUAAAUGGAUUUGACUAGUUGUUCUCGUGCUGUUCUUCCAAUUCAUUCCAAUUCUCCAGAAAUCGGGAAAGGUGCGACUAAUGCACCACCUGCUAUCGACGAAUUGUGAUUUGAUAUCAUGAAAUACCAGCAUGGAUGAACAUCUUCUUCCCAAAGCAGGAUUACAAGAAGACUCCAGCAAACAAUUGGCGAUAAGGAGAGAUUUCCCGUGUGGUUAUCUCGAUGUUGGCCCUUCCGGACGCCAAUCAACAGCGCAUCUCAUCACCAGUGACGUUAUUAUUCCCAUUCUCCCAACUCCCAGAUCCUCCUAUGUCAACCUCCUCGCCAAUCUCAACAAAAGGAGAAAACUAACUCGUCGAUCCCACUCUGCUCCCUCUGUUUUUACUGAUGUCAGGGAAUCUUUUCAUGAUUCUUUAGACCCAAGGGAGGCACCAAAAUCAACCCCUUUCAUUGUCCGACAAGCCUUCAUUGGUCUGGUUUUGUAUAUUAUUACUGGGAUCGCUAUAUUUAUGACAAGUGCAAGUUUCAAGGGUACUGAGACUUUCAAACCUGUAGAUGCCGUAUACUUCAUUGUGGUUACCCUCUGCACCAUUGGGUACGGUGACAUUGUUCCAGACACAACAUUCACUAAGCUCUUCACAUGUGCUUUUAUACUGGUUGGUUUUGGCUUCAUUGACAUCCUGCUAAAUGGCUUGGUCACAUACAUCUGCGAUAGACAAGAGUCAGUUCUGCUGAGCACAGUAGAUGAGAAUCGGUUCAACACAAUGGUUCAGACAUACAUGAUAGACAAGGCAAAAGGAAGAAUGAGGAUAAGAAUGAAAGUGUUCUUGGCGUUGGCUGUUGUGGUUGGCUGCAUUGCUAUAGGGACAAUUACGGUGCAUUUUCUGGAGGACAUGGAUUGGGUAGAUAGCUUUUAUCUCUCUGUGACAUCAGUCACCACCGUGGGUUACGGGGAUUAUGCUUUCAAGACAGUAACAGGAAGGUGUUUUGCAAUUAUCUGGCUAUUAGUGAGCACACUGGCUGUUGCUAGGGCCUUUCUAUACUUGGCUGAGCUUAGGAUUGACAAGAGGAAUCGAAGAAUUGCAAAAUGGGUUCUUCAGAAGAAGAUGACACUGGGAGAUUUGGUGGCUGCAGACCUUGACAAUGACGGAUCCAUCAGUAAAUCUGAGUUUGUAAUCUACAAGCUUAAGGAGAUGGGAAAGAUAGCAGAGAAAGACAUAAUUCAGAUCUGCAACCAAUUUGAUUUACUGGACAGUAGCAAAUGCGGGAAAAUUACUCUUGCUGAUCUCAUGGAUAGUGACUGACUACAAUGUAGACUCUUAUUUGAGCAUGAAAAGAAGCAGGAGUCAUUCUUGAUUAAAACUUGCCAUCGAAUUUGCCUAACUCCAUAUCUCUUCAACUGAACAGGAAACCAUAAUAAAAACUGAUGAAUUUU